GCUAAGAUCAGAAAUUUCAGCGGAGAUUGAAGAUGGAGAGUGCAUUGGUGCGUCUAUGCAUAGAGGAAGCUUGUAAGAGCGGAGAUGCGGUGGAACGAUGGCGACUUCAGCGGCGGAGUCUUGAGAGGCUGCCUCCUCACCUUGCCGAUGCUCUCCUCCGUCGCCUCCUCCACAAGCGGCUUCUUUUCCCUUCGUUGCUCGAAGGAUUUAAACAUUCUGUAGAGAAUAUAGAUCUCCGAGGCGAAAGCUCAAUUAACGCAGAAUGGAUGGCUUACAUUGGAGGCUUCGUUAAUCUAAUUUCGCUAAAUCUUUCAGAUUGCCAGAGAAUCAACAGUUCCACCCUCUGGCCGAUCACAGGGUUAACAAGUUUGACAGAGUUGGAUCUUUCAAGAUGUUGGAAGGUUACGGAUGCUGGUAUAAAGCACCUCCAAUCUGUUUCAAAUCUGAAAAAGUUGUGGAUUUCACAGACAGGUGUUACUAAAGUUGGAAUUUCUCUUCUUGCUUCACUUAAAAAAUUGUCUCUUUUGGAUUUGGGUGGCUUACCUGUAACCGAUCAAAACUUGAUUUCUCUCCAGGCACUGACAAAGCUAGAGUACCUUGACAUCUGGGGAAGCAACGUAACCAACCAAGGAGCUAUCAGUAUUCUCCAAUUUUCAAACUUGAGCUUCCUAAACCUCUCGUGGACAAGCGUCACACAGACUCCAAACAUACCGCACCUUGAAUGCUUACACAUGAACAUGUGCACCAUUGUCUCUGAACCAAAAACUCAUAGCUCAUUAGCUUCCUUGAAAAAGCUAGUUUUAUCGGGAGCUAAUUUCAGUGCCGAAACAGAGGCCUUGUCCUUUACCAACAAAAUCUCUAUAACCUACUUAGACGUUUCCAAGACUUCCCUCCAAAACUUCAGCUUCUUAGAAACUAUGAUUAACCUAGAACAUCUUGAUUUGAGCUCCACAGCUUUCGGGGAUGAUUCUGUUGGGUUUGUAUCAUGUGUUGGUGAGAAUCUGAGGAAUCUUAAUGUCUCGGAUACAAAAAUCACUUCUGCUGGGGUCGGGAAUCUUGCUGGACAUGUGCCGCAACUCGAGAUAUUCUCUCUGUCUAAGACAUUUGUAGACGAUCUUUCCAUCUUGCUUAUCAGCACCAUGAUGCCUUGCGUUAAAGCCCUUGACUUGGGCAUGACCAGUAUCCGAGGAUUCAUCCUACAACAAUCUCCACAAGAAGAACAAGCAGAGCCGUCGUUAGCAGCACUACAAUCUCUAACUUCCCUUAAAACCCUGAGUCUAGAACAUCCGUACCUGGGCGACACAGCUCUUUCCGCUCUAAGUAGCCUUACUGGAUUAACACAUUUGUCCCUAAGAAGCACAUCCCUCACAGAUUCCACACUCCACCAUCUCACCUCUCUUCCAAACCUAGUCAGUCUCGGAGUCCGAGAUGCAGUUUUGACCAGCAAUGGUCUCGAGAAGUUUAGGCCACCGAAAAGGCUGAGAACACUCGACCUCAAAGGUUGUUGGCUUUUAACCAAAGAUGAUAUCGCUGGUCUCUGCAAAAGGUACCCUCACAUCAAAGUGAGGCAUGAGCAUGACGACUCUUCUUCUCUCGACCAGAAUCAACUUCUUCCUCGGUCAUCUACUCCGCAGAGUUUUGGAAAGGUAGCAAGGAGGAGGAACAACCAGAGGCCAGAGAGUUCUGCUGCUGUUCCCAGGAGUUUCUUAGAUCAGAGGGUGAAGUAUAAUAGGGAAGAGUUGGUUGCUCUACAGAAUUCGCCUUUAUCACAAUUGCUGCCACGGGAAGAGCUUGUCAGUGUACCGGAUAUUCUAGCUGAUUCCGUGAUUUGAAGCAUAAUGGUUGAACAAGUUGUAUUUUAGUACCACCUGACAUGAAUUAGGAGAGAUCUUAGCAUCUGUCUUGUUGACAGAUUUUGCGUCAUUUUCUCAUUCUCAAAAUUGUAAUACGUUUUUUUUUAUAAGAUCAAAAUUGUAAGACGUUUGAGAUAUAGACACAUUACACGAUAUGUUUUAGCAGGAAUCGCAGAAAAUAUUGUAUUCUUUGCAUUUUAUCGGAUGUUUCGGUUUAAUACAUGUGACCUGACUAA